AUGCACCUGUGCGCGGUUGUCGCGCCCACCCAGGACGUGGCCUUCAUGUACAGCAUCGCCUGGACCGCGGUGCAGCUGCUCUUCAACAACUUCUUCAUCACCUUCAGGGAGGUCACCCUCGGCUGGCUGACAAAUCUGCGCUUUGUCAGCGCCGUGUACUUUGCCUACGAGGGCAUCGCAACCGUCGAGUUCGCCGGUGUGCGCAUGGCGUGCUCUGCGGGCGUCGACGCAAACGGCAUCGCUUUCCUGAAGGAGCUGCUCCCCAACUCGAGGCUGCUGGACAUGCACGCGGUGCAGGCCGCGCUCGCCGCGCCGGGGCCGGACUGCGUGACCGAGGCGGGCGCGGUGCUGGACUUUUUCACGUUCAAUCGCGGCUUCAGCGCGACCCUGGCGAUCCUGGUCGGUUACUGGCUGGUGACCCACGUGCUGACGUACCUCGCACUGCUGCUGGUCGCGCGCAAGGAGCGGAGGUGA